AUGGACUUGCCUGAUCCUCCCAGUCACACCUCAUCCUCUCCCACCGACAUACUCUUUGAUGCCCUCGUUAACCUCGCUGCUCGCUGCACGUAUGAGCUCGAGCAGUUUCGAUCUCUUGGCGAACACCGCAACCUCAGUCCAAGCGAUCUGGAGAGCUCCAAGGUCCACAUCUCGAAGGAGUUCGACACUCUUCUUGGCGCAUACAGAGAAACCUACGGUGUCCUGCAAUCCCCAUCGCCAGGCCCAUCCUCUGCAACGCACACUCCUCCACCUCCACCUCGCAUCCAGUCCUCAAACCGGAGUUCAUCCGUAUCACCGGGGCAGGACCCUGGGUUACGUACGUUCGUACGUGACCCUCCCGAGCCCUCCGAGUCCAUCAAUUGGCCAUCAUCCGACAUGCCACCCAUCUUCGACUCUGGCGACGAACCUCUCUCCCCAGACAAGCAAUGCGAUACCAUAUCUCUUGCCCUUCGGAGCGACGUCUUGACUCUUCGCGGUGACAUACUAGCCACGGUCCGCCACGAAUUUGCCAUGCUCCGAAGUGAGCUCCGGCUCGGCCGUAUCCUGUCUCCCUCAACCAGCGAUCAAGUCCGAGGUACGGAGGCCCUACCAGGCCCUGGCAACACGGCCGACGGAGUGAGGGAAACCAGCAUGGGACUGAAGCGAGUGCGGGAGACCGAGUUAUCACUGUUCAGCGGUCUACAAACUCGCCCUCAAAACAAAACCCGGAGCAUCGUGAAGGAGCUCGGUCUUGGCUCGUGGGCCCAACCCGCCAAGCGGAAUGGCACGGCUGAUGCGAAGCGCGCAAAGGCAGAUGCCAAAGCAGCAAAUGAGGCCAAGUUCGCUCAUGGUCUCGACCAGCUCGCUCUGAGCCUCGACAAGGUGGCACAACGCGAGAAGAGUACGUCGGACACAUUUGACAUCGCUCCACCUCUCGACCCUGCGGACAUAUCGGCGGAGGAUGAGCGACGCCUUGAUGAUCAUGACAUCGAGAUGCAUGAGGACCACUUCAAUCUCGCGUCAAUGGCGUUCAAACGUCCUUUUGUGGAUUCCAGGACGAGCAGCUCGCAAUCAGUGCCCGUGGUCAAAAAACGCCCUCGACCACGCAGAAGGUAUCUUCCGACCUCCGAUGACGAGUACGGCCAUGACAACGGCGCCCACGACAAUGGGGAAAGCCAUGCGCACGACGAACACAUCGGGCGCAACAAGUACGACACGGCCAACAACGAGCACAACGAGCACAACGAGCUUGAUGAGCAUGACGACGAGCAUGACGGCAAGGACCGUGAGCCUGAACCUAUCUUCUCGGAUGAAGACGACGUUCGUCAAGCGAAAACUAAGCCCAGUGCCGCGCAAAAGCGUGCCGCCAAACAACAAAAAUUUCUUCAUGCGCUUCAAGAACGCCGGGUUCCCUCUGCAGCAAAAAUGACACACCCCACCAAUGCCCGGCAGCGUGCAGAUGGAGACACGCAAAUCGUCACCGAUCGGGACACGGACGCGUUCAAUCUAGCUUUCCGGGCGAAGCUGAGCAAGUUGAAGCUCAAAUCAUCGUCGAAGAGCAAGGACGUCGGCUCUCAGAACGACGACUCGGCGUACGCACGCCGCAAGGGACGCCAACCGGAAGAGUAUUCCGAAGACGAGAGUCUCCCCCAAGGUUUCGACGAUGACGACGUUCAUGCUGACCCCGACGUUACCCUUCGCCGCAUCAAGGAACGCUCGGCAACGGGAUACCAUAUCCAAGCCGACUGCUACGACCUUGAUGGCGAACUACUCUAUGAACAAGACACCCCAGGACCAAGUCGGAUCCCCGCUCGUCAUGUCGACUUCCGCACGCGUGGCAACAUCUGCACGCCAGUCGCCGUCGUCCUCGUCCUCGUCUGUGGCACGUGUGUCGCCGUCGUCCGCUCGUGCGUCAACAUCUGCAUGAGCAUCGAACUCUGCACGACGUACAUCAACGUCAGCACGAGCCUCAAACUCCCCUCGUAG